GACAAAAGCUGGUUUGAGAAAAACCUUUUCCUUGGGGAGCUUUGUGGUGAGCAGCUUGCUGGCACUCCAUCGAUAGUGGACCAGAUUGUCAUGAAACUGGGUUGUGUCAAUACGUUGCUUUCCCAUUGGCUAGCUCAGCUCUGUGCAGCAAACACACAUUAAAAACAUUAGCUACUUACAAUUCAGUUUCUAGAUUAAUUGUUGAUUUUUAACACAAGAAUAUGUUUCAGAUUUGUGUAUUAGGCCCAAAUUUACUUUUUUAAAAUACAAUACUAGUCAAGCUCGCCCGAGUGGCUGAUCAAUGUUAUUUCCUUCAAAAUUUAAUUUCUAAAUGUUCUCCCUCACCACCACUUACCCCAACACAGCCUCUGCUUACUUGCUUGCUCCAUAUCUAAACCUCAUUUAUCAAUUGACGAUUGUCACCUCACUACCUGAUGGGUUGCCAACGAUGAUUGGAUGUAUUCCUGGAGGGAUCAUCACAUGACUCAUCCUCCUGCUCCAGCCAUUGGUCAGUCAGCAUAUCCAUCCUUGUAAUGUACACCCUUCCUCCAGCAAUUGAAACAAAGAGACUCCUUACCCAAUUGCUGUCAGUCGUACAGCUUUUCUUUCUGCUUUCAAUAUUUUUAUUCCUUGUAAACAGAACUGUUCCAAGAAGACUACAAGAAAAGCCUUUAUCUUUUUUAAUGUUGCUGUAAUACGGCUCCCCCUGCCAAUCAGAAUUGAACACUGCAAUGUCCUGGACUUUGAUCUUCAACUUCUGAAGAUUCCUGGCUAAUCCUGGAGCGUUGGCAACCCAAUAUCUUCGUUUUAGCUCAUGUUGUAUUUCUACACCUUCAUCAUUGCCAAAGCAGCCCCUUAAAUUCUGAAAUCUUUCUAUCCCUUUUUAUUCAGUUCUCAGCUUUGAAUUGAAAAGGCCCAUGACCUGAACACGGCAUCCAUAGCUAAGAUACUCCUCAUCCCAUUCUGGAGUAGACAAUGAGAAAAGCUUAUCUCCAUGUACCAUUCACUUGUUCUGAUUUUGUCAACAUUCACUUCUUCUGACAUUUUUGACCUUGUACUGUGAGUAUAUCUUGCCCUCUUUAUUUCUCUUCUCAAGCCUUGAUUCUCUUUAAAUCAAUCUCUGGUUGUCAUUCUUUUCUAAGACCCUCAAAGUGGCACAACUCCUUACUUCCUUCCUCUUGCCUUCCAUCUAUAUUUCUAGAUAUUUAUUGAUAUUUUCUUAACUUGUUCAGACAUGUUAUGACACAUCUUUGGAGCAGGUGGAACUUGAAAUCAGUCCUCUUGGCUCAGGGGUAAGAUGCUACUGCUGCUCCACAAGCGCUCCCCCAUCUCUAAUUGCAAAACUAGAUCUGUAUCCUCAACAUUCCACAGUUCAUAGUUUCCUGGUGUUCUGCUGGAAAAUCUCUCCUAUUUGGUGUGAGCUAAGAGGACAGAAAGGAAAACCAGCUUGGGCAUUUUAUUUGUGUUCUUUUCAAUUUCAAAUCCUGGGUCAGCACUGCACUCUUUCCUAACCAUCGUCCUAGCAUUGCUGAACAGAAAUAAUUGAAUGUUGUAUCUCGAAGUUAAUUUGGGGAAAAAAAAGUGCAAUUUCGUCAAACAGUUGAAGAGUAAAAUUGCUUUCCCAAUCUGUAGGUGUUGAAAGAAGAAUAAUCUCGAAUAUUCUCAUGUGCAUUAAGAUCAAUCUAGAAAUACUGUUGCCCAGCAAAAGAAAUGGGUGCUUAGACAUGUAGUUAAAGAGCACUACCCUCUCCACUCCAUAGUUCAGUCAAAUGCCAUGGAAUAAGCAUGAGACAUAGAAUCCCUACAGUGCAGAUAGAGGCCUUACAGUCCACUGGGUCUGCAUCAACCCUCCAUUGGGCAUCACAUCCAGAACCUUCCCCAAUACCCCACCCAAUCCCCAUAACCCUGCAUUUCCCAUGGGGUAACCCAUCUAGUCUACACAUUCCUGGACACUAUGGGGCAAGUUGGCAUGGCCAAUCCACCUAACCUGCAUAUCAUUGGACUGUGGAAGGAAACCACACCACCCAGAGGAAACCUUCACACAGACAUUAAAACCAAUGUAAAAACUGAUGUUAAAAUUCUGUAGGAUUAUCCUCAUUAGAAAAAAAAAUCUGUGGAAAUAAUAUGUAGUGUAAGUUGAUUAUGCUGUAAAUUGCUAAAUUUCCAGGUUAGUUAAUUAAGUAAGUUUUAAAAUGACCUUUUAGAAUACAGAAGAAAUAUAAUAACUUUCUACUUAAAGCACCUGUACAUUAUUUAUCCUAUUUUCUGAAACUCCCCUCUGCCACAGCUUUGGUCCUCAUGGUUGCAAUGGAGCUUUCUGCUCAUUGAUUCUCUAUUGGCAGCCAAUCCCCAAAUCACGUAUCGUUUGCCAACCCUACGACUUGCCACCCUGUGACUCUUUUACUUACCCUUUCACCAAUCCUUCCUCUUGAUGGAUGUCACUGCUGCAUCACUCUUUCAAUCACUACUUUCCUCUAUUGAACCCUCAUUCUGAGCAAGGGUCAUAGAGAUGAGCAACAGGCAGGAGCAGCAGCUGAAUUUUGACUCUGUAAACUAAGGCCCCAUUAAUUGAUGAAUUUUAAAGAGAAACAAUGUUAUACUUUAAAUGAGGAAUUACUGCAUCUUAUAUUUAUAACCCUUAGUUUUGGUGCUAGUAAACUCUUGUUGAAUUAGAUUUCAAUGCACAUUGUGUUAAGAUGUGAUCACAAUUGUUGAAUUUGUGCUGCAUGUUAGUUAGGAUAUGAAGUGGCCCCUUCCACGGCAGAAAGUUAAACUUCUCCGAUAUAGUUGAGUAGAGUUAAUUACUUGAAAUUUGCUGAUAACUUGUCUAAUAAACAGGAUGAAUCUAUGUUUGUGUCUCAGCAGUGCCCCCUCAAACCUCUUUCAGCAAACAGCUUAGAGGUUGUGGGGCAAUGGUAGCAUCCCUGUCUCUGAGCCAGAUGGUCCAGGUUCAAUUCCCACAGUGUGUCAGAAAGAUUGAUCUAAAAGAAAGUACUGAACAGUCAGCUUGCCUCACUGAGGGUUAGAAUAGUUGUCUAUUUGUAUAUGUUAGCUUGAGAAAAAUCAGAGUUUGUCACUUUGCUAAAUCUAGUAGUUUAAUACAGAAUUGUCAAAGUAUUUUAAACUUGAACUGGGGAAUAAAUAGUUUUACCUGGCAGGGAGAAGAGAGGAAGGAUAGAAUUACCAUGAUUCUGGUCCACUAAAGAAUCUGGCUGUUUUAUCAUCUUUAUUUCUUAUGCAAAUUUACUUUGCUGCUGUGGUUACGGGUGAUUUUGUUUCAGCAAUUAUGCUGCUAGUCUUAAAUCUUUCAUUGGGUUUCCAUGCCAACAGUUCAUUCCAAUGAUCUUUUGAGGGUCGUGUCCUUGUCAUCUUGCUCUUUUUGGCUCUCUCGCUGUCUGUUCCCCAUUGCUCUGGUGAUUGUCCAACCUGGCUGUGAUCCAACUCCUCAUCAUUUUCAACAUUAUUAAUUUUCACAGAUGGCAGAGCUGGACCUAAGCAAAUUGAGUUGUGAAAUGGGCAAAGCUUUCUCGGACAAAGAGGCUGUUUUGUUUGGAAAGGAAAGUUUCAAAAAUAAUAACAAGCAUUUAGAAGCAGAACUGAAAAUCCUUAAACCAAGUGAGAACACCCAUAAUGCUCCUGUAUCUCUCAGUGAUCAGAGAGUAUGGCACAAAUGUAAGGGUGAUUUUGUGCAAGCCAGGUUAAGUGAAAUGAGUAUUUCAUCCAGUCCUGAGCAAAUCUCACAGAAUACUCCAGUGAAACUUCAUUCUGAGACAAAUGUAAACCAUCCAAACAAUAAUACAUUUCUGAUGCAAACUGGUGACAAACGUCACACGAGCUGCGACCAAAACAUCUUCACCAAAGUCCAAGAUAAAUUUGUCUCUUCAUCUACAAUUCUGGAAUUUCAGGGCGUACGUCGUCAAGUCACAGUGCAAGACUUGGUCGAGGCUGACCUCCUGAACAAAAAUGUUGCUGAGCAGCUUGAGAAAGGAGUCAAGACCGUUUCUCAAGUUGAAAAUUCCCUUGGCAAGUAUCUGAACAAAAUUAAUUCAAUUGCUGGCUUGUACUUAGAAGCCAGUAAACAGAAAAUGUGCUUCUAUGAGGCAGCGAGAGCGGGGAUCAUUGAAUCCUCUGUAGCCCUCGAGUUUUUGGAAGCUCAAGCUGCAACAGGCUAUAUUGUCCACACACAGUCCAAUGGAAAGUACUCUGUUCAAGAGGCUGUUGAGAAAGGACUCAUUCCCCUAGAGUUCAAAGAAAGACUGCUUGAAGCAGAGAAAGGGGUCACAGGGUAUUUUCAUCAUGGCAAGAUCCUGUCUGUAUUCCAAGCCAUGGAGAGCAAGCUGCUUCCAAGUCAAAUUGGAAGAAGGCUGCUUGAAGUUCAGAUUGCAACUGGAGGAAUCAUCGACCCAGUGCGGAGUGUUAGAUUACCUUUGGCGACUGCAUGCAAGCAAGGUCUCCUCAACCACGACACUACCCAAAACCUGUAUAAGGUGCUUAAUAACAUGAAAGGCUUUCAGAAUCCAAACAACACCAAACAAGCUAUGCAUUACGCAGAAUUGAUGAAAUUUUGCGUGGUGGAUUUAGAAGGGAAUUAUCUUCUCCUCCCCUUUGGGACCCGCAAGAUAUCCACUCCAUCCCCUACAAGGCCUAAUACUAUUUCAGUGGUUGAUACCAGCACAAAGUCAGAAAUAACUUCAUAUGAUGCGUUUCUGAAGUACUAUAUUGAGAAGCAGACCUACCUUGAACUUUCAGCACUGCAGUCCCAGUGGAGGGAGACCAUUGACAAGGGCAGCAGUGAGUAUUUUCUUAUUGACAGUAACUCUGGAAGGCAGUUCAGCCUCAAUGAUGCUUUAACCCAGGGUCACAUCAGCCAAACAGAACUUAAUAAAUACCGGGAUGGCCACAUCACAGUGACUGAGCUGGCUGACAUGUUGAUAAGCAGAGCCUCUGUAGUUUCCAAUCCCAAUAGUCCAAUUGCAGGCAUUUGGAAUCCUAACAGCUGUAGAAGAAUUUCUAUCCUGAAAGCUAUGCAUCAGAAUUUGGUGGAGAGGCUGACAGCCACUCGAUUGCUUGAGGCACAGGCUUGUACUGGUGGAAUAAUUGAUCCAACAACUGGGAAGAAAUUCUCCAUUUCGGAAGCAUUGCAGCGAGAGUUAGUUGACAGUGAAAUUGCUGCUAGCAUCCAAAAAUCUCAGCAAGCUUACAGAGGUUUCCUUCAACCUGGGACACAGGCAAUCAUAUCAACUGCAGAAGCUGUGCACAAGAACCUCUUGGGUCAUGACCUCGGUCACCGAUUCCUUGAGUUACAAUAUUUGACUGGCGGGCUAGUGGAUCCAAAUCUUCCAGGAAGAAUCUCCUUAGAAGAUGCUCUGAGAAGACACCUUAUUGAUGACAAGACAGCUCAGAGAUUGACAGAUGAAAAGAUGCAUGCCAAGAACUUGGUUUGUCCCAAGACCAAACAAAAGAUUUCAUACAAAGAGGCUUUGGCCAGAGCCAUAUUCGACUGCCACACAGGUUUGAGACUGCUGGAAGCAGCUGAAUAUUUUUCUAACACUUCCGCUUAAUUGCAUACCAUUUUGUUUCCCAUCUCCUUUUGCCACACACUUUCUCUGCUCAUGUAUACACUAUAGCAGCUGUGUAACAUCUGGCUUUGGUUUGUUAGAACAUGAACAUUUUAGAUUCCAGCUUCUAUGUGCUUGAACACUUGGCAAUCCUCCAGUAUCUUUUCCCACUGGCCAUUCUUCACAAGCUGAUCUAACAUUUCAGUGUCACUAUGUGUUUUGACUUCGGGAGUACCAUGAUUAAGCCUGAUCUGGAAAUCACAGGAUUAAAUUCAGCCACAUGUUCUCCGACAGUUGUUUUCUUCCUUGUCCUCCAAGCCUUGAGUUGCUGAGCCUGAUUUCCAUACUUACACCACCUUUCCGCUGAGAUCUAUUAACUUAAUAUAGACAUAGAUUGACCUUCUAGUCAACUUGGAAUAUCCCAGUAAAUGAUCUGGUUAUUAACUGAACUGUUGUGGCAUAUAACCUACAUUUGUGUCACUUUUCUUCCUCACCUUUCAUCAUUGUCUUUCUACUUUGCUGUUACAAUUUAAAUUCGAAACAUUAACUUGCGCUCUCUCUCCAUGGAUGCUGCCUGACCUGCUGUGAUCUCCAGCAUUUGUUGUUUUCAGUACAGAUGCACCUGCAGUAAUUUGCUCCUUCAGCACAAAUUCAGUUUGCUUCUCACUUAGUUGACCAGAAUGGACACAAAUGAGAGCUGUUGAGUGAUUUGCAUGGAAUCCUGGUCAGAAUCACAUAAGAGUGCCAAUGGUGUGAACUGGGACCUGUGGUUAGAUUCUAGAUCUGAUCCUAAUCCAAAGUCACAAUAAAAGGUAUCCUUAAUGCAAUGAAAAGAUUUAGUCUCCACAAGAGUGUAUGGAGAUUAUUCCAACUGAUACGACAUGGAUAGAUAUAUAUGUGGCAGGUGGAUUAGUGAGAGUGAAGUUAUCCUCUCAUGUCGGUCACUUUCUGCCACUUUGUUUGUUUGAGCAUCCAUAACAUGACUGGUUGCCCCAGUUGUCACAAAUAAUGCUGACCUGUUCUGUGUUUUAACACCCUGAGCAUUUGAUGCUUCAACAUCCAAAAAACACGAUUGUCCAUUUUUUGAAAUUCAUUCAGUUUUUAUAGUGCACCUUGAUUGUCCUUGGGAAUGUUGCUGAGCCACCUUCUUGAAAGCUCUAGUACACGUGAAGGGGAAAGGUGAGGGGUCCACAGUGCUGUAUCAGUGCUCUGUAGUGCUCAAAAUUAUGGAGGGUUUUGACCAUAUGUGAGGAGAAACCAUACUGUUCAGUAACCGGUGGAUAAAGCUUCAAGAUAUGUAAUUGGCAUAAUAGCUGGGAGGCAUCAGGAAACUUCAUGCUAUGCAUUAUUUUCUGGAAUGCAAAGAUCUGCAGGCAAUGGAAGCAGAUUUAGUAGUAACCUUCAAAAGGGUAUUGAAUAAACAUGUAAUAGUGAAGCAUUUGAAGGAUUAUGAAGUGUGUGGGAUGAAUCCGAAAGCUCUUUAACAGAUUUGCCAUAGGCAUAAUGGGCUAAACGAUCUCCUUCUGUACUACAAGAUUCCAUGAAUUUUUGUGAUCAUUGGAAUGAAUAAUAUAAGGAAAAUUGGGCUAUUUUAGCUCAUAAAGCUAAUUUUUCCUUCAACGUUUUGCUCAUGAGCAUUACACUUUUAAUGUUCUGGUGAAUAGAUACACUAAAAUUGCAUAUUAAUGCUCAAAAUAGGAUUUGGAAAUAAACUAUAAAAUGUAAGCUCCUUCAGUAGGUUCCUUUUAGUAGGUUUUGCUGCAAAAUUAGUUUUGUCAUAACCACCUAGCCCCCUGCGAAAUUUAGCCAGCAUCCUGCUGUCAAAGGAGUCCUGCCAAGCUGCUGUAAUACAUCAUGUGUGGAGAUGGUACACACUGCUGCCAGCAGAUGCUGGUGGUGGAGAGAGUGAAUGCUUAAGGUGAGGUGCCAGUAAAGUGGUCUGCAUUGUCCUGGACAUGUCAAACUUCUCAAAUGUCAUUGGCUGAAAUCUUCCAGGCAAGUGGGGAACACUCUAUCCCACAUCUAACUUGUGCCUUGUAGUUAGUAGACACCUGUAGAUGGGUUGGGGGAUUGCAGGGCAUUUAUUUGUGAUUGCAGGCUGUGGAUGACACUGGCUAGGCUAGCUUUUCUUGCAUAACUCUACUUGUCCUCCACAGCCACCUGAUGAAGGAGCGGUGCUGCAAAAGCUAGUGCUUCUAAAUAAACCUGUUGGGCUAUAACUUAGUGUUGUUUGAUUUUUCACUUUGUCCACCCCAGUCCUACACCGGCACUUCCACAUCAUGUCCUCAAGUAGAUGGUGGUGACUUGCCUCCUUGAAUAAUUGCAGUCCAUUAUCAGUCAGGAGGUUGGUUUUUGCUGUAGGACUUCAAGUCUCUGACAUGCUUUUGUCAUCACAAUACUUAUAUGGUGAAUCCAUUCAAUUGCUGGUUAAUAAUGACUCGCCCAGAUCAUUAAUGCUGUGGUAAUACUGCUGAAUGUUGAGGGCUGAUAGACAGUCUCUCACUUGUCAUGGUCUAUCACUUACUUUACAUGAAUGUUAUAGGCCAGCCCCAAGCCUGAAUGUUGUUCACAUCUUGCUGUAUAUGUAUAUGGAGUGCUUUAGUGUCUGAGGAAUGUGAAAGAUUCUAAACGUUGUGCAAUCAUUGUCAAAUAUCUCCCAUAUCUAACCUUAUUAUGAUGGAGAAAGACCAAUGAUAAAGCAGCUGAAGAUGGUUUGGCCUUGGAAGCUAACGUGAGGAAUUCCUGCAGCGAUGUCCUGGUGCUAAGAUGAAUGGCCUCUGAUAUCAUAACUAUGUUCCUUUGCAUUACAUGUGGUUCCAAGAAGUGGAGACCUGCCCCAUUUCCAAUUUUGCCUCUUCUUGUGCUUAUCAUUAUACACAUAUAUGUCUGUAAUGGAAUGUAUUAAAACAUGCUACAGGGCAUGAACUUAAUAAAUUUUGCCAGUCGUCUUGAUUUUUUAGUAAUGUU